CAACGACCACUACAAACGCAGCUCCUACGACAACCACAACUGAUACUACUACUGCAACUUUAGAUUCUACGACCACUAAAACAGCUGCACCUACAACAACAGCUGUAGCUUCUAUGACAACAAAUAUAUCCCCAACUACUACAAUGUCAGCAGCUACUUCGACAAUCACUUCAGCUCCUUCUACACCAACUAUAACUCUUACAACUACUACGACUGCAGCACAUACUACAACUGAAGCUCUUACGAUAACCACAACUGCAGCACCUAUUACGACAAUUACAAUCGAAGCUCCUAUGACAACCGCAAAUGCAGCACCAACUACAACUGCAGCACCUACUACGGGAACAACAUCUGCAGCACCUACUACAACAAUUACAACUGCAGCACUUACCAUGACAACCACAACUACAGAUCCUACGACAAGCACAACUGCAGCUCCAACUACAACAACUGUAGUUCCUACUACCAGCACAACUGCAGCACCUGCAGUGACAUCUGUAGCUCCUACGACCACUACAACUACACCACCUACUUCGCCAACCACUGCAGCAACUGCUAUAAUAACUACAACUGAAGUUCAUAUGACAACAUCUGUAGCUCCUAUGACCACUACAACUGCAGCAUCUACUUCAACAACCACUGCAGCUCUUACAAUCACUACCCCAGCAGCACCUACUACGACAACAAAUGCAGUUCUUAUGACAACCAUAACUGCAGCUCUUACUACAACAACUUUAGAUCCUACAACCACAACAACAGAAGCACCUACAACAACAACUGAAGCUCCUACGAUAACCACAACACCUACUAUGACCAUUACAACAGCAGCACCUAUAACAACUGUAGCUUCUACGACCACUACAACUGCAGCACUUACUUCAACAACCACUGCAUCACCUACAAGAACACCUGUAUCUACUUUGACAAACACUGCAGCACCUGCUACAAUAACUACAACUGAAGCCGCUACGACAACCACAACACCUACUCCGACCAUUACAACAGCAGCACCUGCUACAAUAACUACAACUGCAGCUCUUACAACAACCGCAACUGCAGCUAAAGCUACAACCAUAACUGCACCUCCUACUAUAACAUUUUUAGCUCUUAUGACCACUACAACAGCCGCACCUACAAUGACAACUGUUGCUCCGACGGCAACUAUAGCACCUACAACCACUACAUCUACCAUACCUACAACAACUAAAGCUCUUACUCCAAUAACUGUAGCUCCUUCAACCAGCACCACAAAAGCUGCUAUGACAAUCAAUUCAGCUCUUACUACAACAACCAUUGGUCCUACCACCCCUACAACUACAGCAUCUACUACGACAACAACUGCAGCUUUUACGAAGACCCCAAUUGCAGCUCCUACAACUGCAGCUCCUACAACUGCAGCUCCUACAACUGCAGCUCUAACAACUGCAGCUCCAACAACUGCGGCUCCUAAAGCUGCCACUGCAGCUCCUACAGCUGCAACUGCAUCCCCUACAACUGCAGCUCCUACAACUGCAGUUCCUACAACUGCAACUGCAGCUCCUACAACUGCAGCUGAUAAUGCUGCUCUAAUUACAACAGCUAUAGCUCCUACAACCACUACAAUGGAAGCUCCUUCAACAAUCACAACUCCAGCUCCUUCGACAACCUCAACAAAAGCUGCUACAAAAACCACAACUGUAGCUGCUACGACCACCACAACAGCAACACCCACAACGACAACCGUAGAAGCAACCACACCCCCUCCUACUCUGUUGCUGACCACUCCUUUCAAUACCACAAGUGGAGGUUUUCCUGGCUGGGCUCUGGCCAUUAUCAUCCCUUGUGGCAUCGCUAUCAUUUUGGUACCUCUGUGGAUCCUGCUAUGUUGCAUUUUAUGUGGCGGAUGUGCAGCUAUAAGGAGACGCUGGCACAGACGCAGAUCUUACAAUGUACAGUACACCAGAAGAAACGGUCUCUUCUGAGGUGACAACGCUAACAUCUGUGGCCAAUUGUCAUCACAAGAACAGCCAAUCAUCUAUAUCUGCAAAUCACGGGACUUUAAUGCAUGGAAAAUCACUUGACUACAUAGCAUUGCAUCUGUUCACAGAUGCAAAUACUUUUUUCCUUCACUGUAUAUCUGCUAAUCACGGCACUUUAAUGCAUGAAAAAAUCACUUGACUACACAGGACUGCAUCUGAGAAGAUCAAGUGAAAAUUGUUAAUAAGCUUAAAAGGCCACGUUUCUUUGUGCAAUGUACUACUUUUUAUAUUAUGCAUCUGAUUGUUAAUCAAAGUUACAGCUGAGCUGAACAAAGUAUGUUUAUAUAUUUAUUAGUCAUGUCAUUUGUGGUUUCAAGCUGUGCUGUCCACUGACUAAAACGGUUAUCAUUUAUUUAUUUUAUUUAUAAUAAGCUUCAUUCCAAUAUUUAUUUUUUGUUUGUUAUUUCCUCUCUUGAUUAACUAUGAAGUCAUUUAUUUUGAACUGCAAUACAGUACUUGUUUCUUCAACUUACAGUUUGACAAAUGUAAUGAAGAUACAAACCAGUAUUAUUUUAUGAAAAGGUUUGACUAAAGGGUGAUUAUAGACAGCACAUCUACACAUCAAAUGAAAUGUAGUCAAAAUUGUCCGACCUGGCACCUUAAUCUAUGCAAACCUUAUUAAAGACACAAUU